AGGAACCCGGAUUCCAGAAGCAGCUGGGUGGGCACCAUGGCCGGGAUCACCACCAUCCAGGCGGUGAAGCGCAAGAUCCAGGUUCUGCAGCAGCAGGCGGAUGAUGCGGAGGAGAGGGCCGAGCGCCUCCAGCGGGAAGUGGAGGAGAGAAAGGCGGGCCGGGAGCAGGCUGAAGCUGAGGUGGCCUCCUUGAACCGUAGGAUCCAGCUGGUUGAAGAGGAGCUGGACCGUGCUCAGGAGCGUCUCGCUACUGCCCUGCAGAAGCUAGAGGAAGCAGAAAAAGCUGCUGAUGAGAGUGAGAGAGGUAUGAAGGUGAUUGAAAACCGAGCUCUAAAAGAUGAAGAAAAGAUGGAACUCCAGGAAAUCCAGCUAAAGGAAGCGAAGCACAUUGCAGAAGAGGCAGACAGGAAGUAUGAAGAGGUGGCUCGUAAGUUGGUGAUUAUUGAAGGAGACUUGGAACGCACCGAGGAACGAGCAGAGCUGGCAGAGUCCCGUUGCCGAGAGAUGGAUGAGCAGAUCAGACUGAUGGACCAGAAUCUGAAGUGUCUGAGUGCUGCUGAAGAAAAGUACUCUCAAAAAGAAGACAAGUAUGAAGAGGAAAUAAAGAUUCUUACUGAUAAACUUAAGGAGGCAGAGACCCGUGCUGAGUUUGCUGAAAGAUCGGUAGCCAAACUGGAGAAGACCAUCGAUGACUUGGAAGAUAAGCUGAAGUGCACCAAAGAGGAGCACCUCUGUACACAAAGGAUGCUGGACCAGACCCUGCUGGACCUGAAUGAGAUGUAGAGCAUCCCCAGUCCCUGCCCUGCAGCUGCUCCUCCCUCUGACCCUGACUCCGUCUGAGGCCAGCCUGCCUGAAGCUGACCUUGACACUGAGGGCUGAUCUUUUUAACUGAAGGCUGCUUUCCCCUCCUGCCACCAACCCCCACCCCAUGUCUUUUUCAUAAAACUGUGUCAGCCUCUUCCCAGAGUUCCAGCUGGAGGGACUGAGCACCUUUGGAAACAAUAUUUAAGGGAAUGUGAGCACAAUGCAAAGUGUCUUCAGGGCACU